CGCUUAUGUUUUUGCUGCGAUAGUUCUGGUAGUUUCUGUGUGGAAAUAACACGAUAUUAAAAGUGAAUAAUGACAGACGGCACGGGUAAUGAUGACACCACCGUUUUCAACACAAUAUCUGAUUCAUCCAAGACGGAAACAUAUACAGCGGGCCCUCUCGUUCUAUACUCGACGGCGCAAGCAUGGGCAGCUCAGUUUCAUCGCAGCAUCACACAGUCUUACAGGAUAUCUGAGUCAUCGGACGAUGAAGAUCUUUCCCAGUAUCAGUUUGAAGAUGACCUCGAGUACCUGAGGUCCUUGGACCCAAAGGAGUGGAAAGAGCAAGACCAUUAUGCUGUCUUGGGCUUGAAAAAGCUCAGGCACAAAGCGACCGAAGAUGUUAUAAAAAGGGCUUAUAAGCAGAAAAUCCUCAAACAUCAUCCCGAUAAACGUAAGGCGCUGGGAGAGGAAAUCCGGCCGGACGACGAUUAUUUCACCUGUAUCACACGGGCAUGGGAAACGCUGGGUAAUCAGGCGAAGAGGAGAAGUUACGACAGUGUAGAUCCUUACUUUAACGACGAUUUGCCGGAGGAGAAAGACUGUAAAAAUAAUUUCUACGUGCUGAUGGGUAAAUCGUUUAAGGAGAACGCCAGGUGGUCCGUGAAACAACCUGUGCCUCGCUUAGGUGGGCCAGAUAUGCCCAGAACCAAAGUGGAGAAAUUUUAUUCGUUCUGGUACGAUUUCGACUCGUGGCGCGAAUACUCUUACCUGGACGAGGAAGACAAGGAGAGCGGUCAGGAUCGUGAUAUGCGUAAAUGGAUCGAGAAGAAGAACAAAGCGACGCGGGCAAAACGGAAGAAAGAAGAAAUGGCGCGUAUACGUACCUUGGUCGAUAUGGCGUACAACCUGGAUCCUCGAAUAAAGAAAGCUAGACAGAAGGAAGAAGAGAGGAUAGCGAGGGAUGCCGCUGAGAAGGAACGGCUGGAAAAGCAGAAGCGAGACAGCGAGGAAAAAGCGAAAAUGGACGCGUUGAAGCAAGAAAGGGAGGCGCAGAAAAAAGCGUUACGCAAGGAGAGGAAAGCGCUCAGGGAUCUCUGUAAAUCGAACAAUUAUUUCGCGGAGAACUCGGCAGAGAGUAUCAGACAUAUGGAAAGCGUAGAGAAAAUUUGCGAGUUGUUCAAGCUUGUGCAGCUAGAAGAGGCCAUGAAGAAAUUGCAGGCAGACGGCAGAUCGGCGUUCAUCAGCAUCGUAGAUGAAACUGAAAAGAAAAUCGAGGCGGAGCGUAGGGUGGGCGUCAGUCCUAAUGACACGCGGAACACACCGAAGAAACAAGUGAAAUCACAGGCAGCUCCGUGGAACGAGGACGAUCUUCAACUGUUGAUAAAAGCGGUAAAUCUGUUCCCGGCUGGAACGAACCAACGCUGGGAAGUAGUCGCGAAUUUUAUCAAUCAGCACAGCAGCUCUACAGCGGGCGUGACCCGCGACGCGAAAGAAGUUCUCGCAAAAGCCAAAGACUUACAGUCCACCGAUUUCAGCAAGUCCAGUCUGAAAGAACAGGCGAAUAAGAAAGCCUUCGAUAAUUUCAUCGCGGAGAAGAAGACCAAAGAGUCCGUCGAGGAACGAAUGCCGGCCGUCACGGAGCGUCUGGAUCAUCCUAUGGCGAACGGGAUCACCGCGGAACCGAAAGACCCGAAGAAGGAACCGCAACCGUGGACACCGGCGGAGCAGAAAUUGUUGGAGCAAGCUCUGAAAACGUAUCCCACCACCGUCCCCGACAGGUGGGAUCAAAUCGCGGCGUGUAUACCGACUAGAACGAAAAAAGAAUGCAUGAAGAGGUACAAGGAGCUGGUGGAGCUGAUCAAAGCGAAAAAGGCAGCUCAAGUGAUGAAAUAAUGCUAGCCUAUGUUUAAACUGAAAAUUUUUUUCUAACUUAUUCUAAUCUCGGCUUGAGGUGGUCAUCGCGCGCGUAUUAUUUCUGGUAGGAACUUGUUCAAUUGUGUUUCUCGAGAAAACGGACGAAUUUCAGCUUUCACCGGAACACGCCAGUUGUUGUGUAUAUAACCUGUGCCUUGCUUUUUAGUCCCGUAUACGCACAGUUUGUUACAGUUACUUAGGAAAACAUUCUGCUACUUACCACACGCGUCAAAACAAUCGCGGCACCUAUAGUCACACACCACUGUACAAUUCACGGCAAAAAAUGUUCACCGCUUUAAAAGGUAAAGAAAACGACAUUUUUCCCGUAACGGCGAUCAACAUUUUUCGAUGUUCAUGGAAAAUAAAUUACGUUUUCUUUUUUCCGUU